AUGUCUCUAUCCGACAAGCUCAAGCCCGCGGCCAGAGUGUCUAGUCAGCGUAAAGAUGUCUGGUCCAUUGUCAAUGAGGCUGCCGAGUCUUCUCCCAACCAGCCAAUUGUCAACAUGGGACAGGGCUUCUUCGGAUAUAAUCCCCCUCCCUUUAUCCUCAAUGCGGCAAAGCAGGCCCUCGACCGCGUGGAGUGCAACCAGUACUCCCCUACCAAGGGGCGUCCGCGUCUCAAGAAGGCUAUUGCCGAUGCUUACUCGCCGUUCUGGGGCCGGACGCUCAACCCGGACACCGAGGUCACCAUCACUACCGGUGCCAAUGAGGGCAUGCUCAGUGCUUUCAUGGCAUUCAUCGAGCCUGGCGACGAGGUCAUCGUCUUUGAGCCCUUCUUCGACCAGUACAUCAGCAACAUCGAGAUGCCCGGCGGCAAGAUCGUCUACGUCCCCAUGCACCCUCCCGAGUCGGGGGCUACCAAGACGACAUCGGCCGGUGACUGGACCGUUGACUUUGAUGAGCUGGAGCGUGCUAUUACGCCCAAGACCAAGAUGAUUGUCCUCAACACGCCUCACAACCCCGUCGGCAAGGUCUACUCGCGAGAGGAGCUGCAGAAGAUUGGUGACCUGUGCGUCAAGAACGAAAUCAUCAUCCUGUCCGACGAGGUCUACGACCGUCUCUUCUACACGCCCUUCACCAGGAUAGCGACGCUGUCCCCCGAGAUCGAGCGCCUGACGCUGACGGUGGGAUCGGCGGGGAAGAACUUUUACGCUACCGGGUGGCGGGUCGGCUGGCUGAUCGGGCAGCCCCAUCUGCUCCAAUACGUGUCGGCGGCGCAUACGCGCAUCUGCUUCUCGUCCGUCUCGCCCCUCCAGGAGGCGUGCGCCGUCGGCUUCGAGCAGGCCGAGUCCGAAGGCUUCUGGGACGAGACCAUCCGUGAGAUGAAGGGCAAGAUGGACCGCUUCAACGAGGUCUGGGACGAGCUGGGCCUGCCCUACUCCGAGCCCGAGGGCGGCUACUUCGUCCUGGUCAACAUGAGCAAGGUCAAGCUCCCCGACGACUACCCCUUCCCCGCUCACGUGGCCAGCCGCCCGCGCGACUUCAAGCUGGCCUGGUUCCUGAUCCAAGAGGUCGGCGUCGCCGCCAUCCCGCCCACCGAGUUCUACACGGAGAAGAAUGCACACCUUGCCGAGGACUACAUCCGCUUCGCCGUCUGCAAGAGCGACGAUAUCCUCGAGGAUGCCAAGGAGAGGCUCAGGGGUUUGAAGAAGUACAUGCAGUAG